ACUUUCGCUUUCGGGGGCGCAGAGGCAGGAAAAACUCUCUUAAUUUGUAGGUAAAUCUUCAAACUAGUCCUGCAGUCAUUACUACCACUUUAAAUUACUCUUGUUUUUGUUUGUUUGUUUGUUUGUUUGUUUGUUUGUUUUUUUCUCACAUUAACACAGGUGCCUCCAGACUCUCCAGAACUUGAGCUGUGCCAAGGGUGACUUUCCUCAGUUUGGGAAUUAUACAGAGCUCUCUCUCCAUAUACCAUCAAGGCAUGAUCUAGUAGCAUUACCAGCUUGAUUCAAUAAUUAACAAGAAAUUGCAGAAAGACAGAACUGCUGCCGAUAAUCACAAAAAGCUUGGCAUGCUGUGGGAAAGGAGCAGCUGUGUCAUCCUAUUUAAAAGAGAGCCUGAGACACAGAAACUCAAGUCCUCCUGGGGCAGGUGAGCAGCCUCUGGGGAAUUGUUGCUGUUGAUUUAUUUAACUUGGUGCUGGACCCCUCUGCACAUCAGGUGCUGAUAUAUUCCAUAUUGCCAAGUCUUCUAGCGGCAAAUAAAAAAUAUGUAUCUAUUCCUCCUUUCCAUUUUACCUUUGCUUUUGAAAGUCACUGGCACCAAAGAUGUUAUAUUUGGUCAUAAUAAUUUCACAGAAUAUCAAGUGGGCAACAUGAACCUCAUUCUCUCUGUCCCACAUGGUGGGUCACUGGAACCUAAAGACAUCCCUGAUCGAGAGGCUGCCUGUUGGGAUGCGAAGACAUCCUCUUGUAUUUUCUCUCAUGACUGUCCACCUGGAAGUAUGAAAAAUGCUUUGAAAUGCAAAGUGUCUACCAAGCAAGACAGGUAUACUAUAGAGGUGGCUGAGGCUCUUGCUGAAGAAAUCAACAAAAUUACUGAUGGCUUCUUCCCACAUAUCAUCAUAAAUCACCUACAGAGGUUCAAGAUGGAUGCUAACAGGGAAAAGGAAGAAGCCUCCUUUGGAAUUCCCCAGGCAGAACAGGCCUGGGAGGAUUAUAUGGGAUUUUUGACCACUGCAAAAUCACAGAUGUCAGGGGGCCUAAUUCUGGAUAUCCACGGACAAGCACAUCCUGAAAGGUGGAUAGAACUAGGUUAUACACUUUCAAAAACUUCCCUUAACUCAGGUGUCUUUUCUGCAUUGAAUUCCUCAAUUAGCCAUCUGGCCAGUCAGCUGAUCAAUGUGUCUUCUGAGAUUUUGGUUGCAGGGAACAGAAGUUUGGGUAAAUAUAUUGAAGGACAAAAUAAGAGUUAUGUUUGUGUACCUUCUCCAUCCAAUCCUCGCCCAAAUAAUGGAAGCUAUUAUAGUGGUGGGUACAUAACAAAGACCUUUGGUUCCCGGAGUUCUGGCACCAUUGAUGCCAUUCAGCUUGAACUGCCCCAGUGGGUGAGGGCAGCAGAAGAGCGUCACAGAUUUUGUAAAGCACUGGCAAGGGCUGUAAUGAAAUUCUGGCAAACUAACUACUGCAGCCAGCAGAAGCACAAACUUCUGCCAUGCUGAAAGAGGCUGUCCUGUUAAGAUGCCUUUCCUUAAUAGAGUAGUGAUCUGGAACAAUCAAACAACUCAUUCACCUGGAACAUUUAAGUGCAGUAUAAUUGUGGAUGCUGGUAGAAAGAAACCAUCCUGCAAAGGAAUGCAUCAACAUAGAGGAAAUCCACAGUUGAUACCAAUAAAUCUAACCCAAAAAUUAACAUACACCUUUGUACUAGACCCAGCACUGAAAUGACUGCUGUAAGAUGAGUGGGUGCAAGCAUCACUUUCCUGUGCUUAAUUUCUUUCCAGUCUCAUGAUAAGCAACUAAUCUUCUAAUAAAUUCUUUGCAAUGCCUUA